GGGCUGGAGGGCACAGGUAAGACGGAGCUGCUGUAUCACCUGCUGUGUCGCUGCGUGCUGCCAGAGGCCGCUGGGGGUCUGGAGGUGGAUGUGGUGUUUGUGGACACCGACUACAGCCUGGACAUGUUACACCUGGUCAGCAUCCUGGACAGCAAACUGAGCGCAGCGCUGUUGGCCGGAGCAGACGAGGCGGCGCUGCGCUCGUGUCUGUCCCGCCUCCUGUUUGUUCACUGCUACUCCUCCUCGCAGCUCCUCCUCACCCUCCACUUCCUGGAGACCACCUUGUCAUCACGGCCCGCCCUGGCGCUCAUCCUCAUAGACAGCAUUUCCGCGUUUUAUUGGGUGGAUCGCUGCGAGGGUGGGGCCAGCUACACCAAACAGGAGGAGAAGCUCAGCAGGUGUGCGGAGCUGCUGGGACGCCUGCUCAGGGAUUACAGAAUUACUGUCUUCGCCACCUGUCACGCCAUCAGGAGGCCCGGCGUCCCCUCCUCCUCCUCAGACUCCGAGCGGUCGUACCUCUGCCGCUCCUGGCAGAGGCUGGUGACCCACCGGCUGCUGUGCUCCAGGCAGGAGCCAGGAGACAACAUGGCUGCUGAAGGAGGACACGACCAGGAGCAGAGGAGACAGCAGAUCUUCACCGUCCACUGCACCACCUCCUCUUCCAGGGUCAAGGCCUCCUGGAGCAGCUCCUUCUGUGUGACGGAGGCAGGAGUGGAGUUCCUGUCGGAGGAGAACAAAUGUGCUGCACGUCAGUAACUCAGACUCUGGUCCAAUCAUGGAUCAGGGAGAUGUCCGUCAUCUGGCUGAGGGACCAAUCACAUUUGAGCCCUCGCCGCAGACACGCCCCUCACAGCACAGACUGUUUCCUUCAUCUGCGUGUUUUUCUGUGUGAUUUGAUUCUGUGCUCGGCCCACUGUGCAAACAGGAGCAGACUAAUGAGCUGCACAGGUGGGACUGCACAGGGAAAAUGGGGGGGUGGGGUCAGGAUGAGGUCAUUGUUAGGGGCCAAAGGGUCAGCAUUAGUGUUUGUGUUCAAUAAACUGGACAUGUAC